AUGAAUCAAGAUACAAACAAAAAAGAGAUUUCUUUAAGUGAAUUAAGAAGUUAUUUUGCAAAUACUAAUGAAAAUGUUGAUAAUUCUAAUUCAGAUCAUAAUACAAAACAGUUUAGUGAUAUGAAUUUAAUUAAAGAUACAAAUGAAGAACUUAAUAACAACAUUACCUCACAGACUAAAACUCAACCAAUACAACUAACAUUUAGUGACGUUAAUAUUAAAACAAAUAAAGGUAAAUUUUUAGUUAAAGGUGUAUUCGGUACAGUUAAACCGGGUAAAUUUGUUGCAUUAUUAGGUCCAUCAGGGUGUGGUAAAACAACAUUAAUGAAUGCAAUUACAGGAUCACUUGAUAAAACUUUAACUGGAGAUGGUCAAGUUUACUUAAAUAAAGAAUUAAUUAAUUCUAAUCACCAAGAAAAUUUAAUUGCCUUCUGUGAACACAAAAUAUUAGGAUAUGAAAAUUUAACAGUAAUGACACAAGUUGACUAUGCAGCAAGUCGUUACAACAAAAACUCAAAAGAGAUUGCUAAUAAUAUUAUUGAUGCUUUGUAUUUAACAGAAGAGAAGAAUAAGGAAUAUCAAGUGUGUUCAGGGGGACAACAAGUAAGAAUAUCAAUAGCAACAAAUUUAACCACUAAAGCAUCUAUUUACUUGCUUGAUGAACCACUAACUGGUUUAGAUAGUUAUUCGGCACGUAAGGUAAUUGUCAUUAUAAAAGAGCUAACUAAUUUAGGUAAAGCAGUUCUUUUAUCAGUUCAUCAACCUUCAGAUAGUAUAUUUGAUAUGUUUGAUGAAUUUAUUUUGAUGACAAAUGGAAGUAUUGUAUUUCAGGGAACUAAAGAAGAAGCAAUUAAGUAUUUUGCUACAAUAGAAUUUGUUAAAGAACACAAAUUAAUGUCUUACCCAGAUUUCUUUUUAAAGAUUAUUACAAUGGAAAAGAAUUUUAAAGUAAAAAAUACUGAGAUUUCUCAAAAAAAGUAUAAUUUAUUAGUUGAUAGUUGGAAGUCUAAUACUAAAGAAAUUGAAAUUGAGUACACUGAACCUGUUAAUGUAAAAUUUAAAAAAUACUCAGUGAUAAAGAAACUUGCAACCAUGUUAAUGAGUAAUCUUUUUAGCUUUUCUUUCUUAUUUUACAUUAGUCUAAUUCCAAUUUUAAAUAUGUUAAUGGCAAUAUUUGAUUUACUUAUAGAAGACGAUUUUAACCUUGUUUAUGAAAAAAUUGGUAAAUUGUAUUCUAAGAAACAGAAUAUUAAUGAGUUUGUAUUUAUAGAAGAAAUUGUGUAUAGUGAAGUAAUUCUUCAUGUUUCUGGAUUUGAAAAUAAUGAACUUCGUGAGCUUUAUGAAAAUGAACCAUUUAGAUGGUUAUGUAAUGAUAAUCCUAUUUUAAUACUUGGUAUAUUUUUAUAUUACAGGUUUUUAUUUUUUGGUUUGUUUGAAUUUUAUCAAUUUUCUAAAUUUAUUGAAAACUAUAAAGCUGAGUAUAAAAAAGGAUAUUUCGGAGUCACUGGUUUUUUACUUGCUUCUUACUUGGUUUCAAUUAGAGAGUUUAUUGUUUUGAUUUUUUGUGAUAUUUUUAUUUUUAUAUAUUUCACUAAAAAUUGGAAGAUGUUAACAGUUUUAAUAAUUUUCUAUUUGUUAACACUUAAUAUUCUUUAUUUGUGUUGUUUGAAUUUAUUUUUAUUAGUGAAUAUAUUAUAUUAUAGUUUAUUGUCCUUUACAUUUGCAUACAUAACUUCCUAUGUGUUAAUUUAUCGCUAUAAUAUGUUCAGUUCUAUAUUUUUCAAUUCUAUAAUUCAAAUUACAAAAAUUGAUGAAAAUUCCCCAACUUUAUUAAUGUUUCGUAAUUUAAUUUCACCAUUCAGUUGUUUUUUAACAAAUACAUUUGAAGUGAAAACAGUUCUCUUUAAUUUAUUGUAUUUGUUAUUUCUUAAUUGGGUUUUUAUUAUAUUAACUUUAUUUAAUUUAAAAAAGAAUUUACAAAUUGGUCGUGGUAAGUUUACUCCUUUGAUUUUUAAUAAAACCACUUAA